AUGGCACAAGCGUACGACUCGAAAAAGGGCGCGGAAGCGCUCAUCAAUCCCCUCAAUGAGCCCGAACCAUCCGCAGAGACUGGCCUGGGGACACACUUCGGCAGCACCAUGGCUCCCGCCAAUGCCUCCAACAGUGCCGCCAAUGCCUCUCCAACAUCGUCCAAGAACCCUUUCCGCUCCUCCACGAACAGCUCUCCACCAAGUGGGAGCAAGUCCGGCGCCAAGUCUUCCGUUCGUUCGGCCAGCAACGACCCUCGCAGCCGCGAGCGCUUCCCAGACUACCGCGCGGAUGCUUUCUCCGAAUACUCCCUACCAUCCUCCUCGAACCGUCGCCGGGCAGGCAGCCACGGUCAGACGCCGCCGUCUUACCAGGACGCAACGUCUAGCCUUGGUGGUACAAGGCCGCGUCGAGGCAGCUCGCUGAAAGAACGCUACCCAGGAGACAAGUCUCACCAGCCUUUGGACAUCAUUAGGCGUGAUAGCAGAAAGGCCCACCGCUCUCCGCACCUGCACAAGAAGUCUAUGCCCGGCGCAGACUCGAUCGACAAGCUCGACCCUGCCGUUGGUGGAAUUGCGUACCAUCACGAAGGACCGUAUGAUGCCGCGCUCAUGAGCAGGAAUCGCAACCCGAAGACUGCGCCGCUCGGAGCGGUGGAGAACACCAACCAGGAGGCAUUAAAGGCUACGCCGCGCGAGAACAUUAAGGAUGCUGUUGAGCGGCACAAGCCUUUGGAUGGCACAGCGGUGGUGCCUCCAGGCGAGCAGGAUCGCUUCGGCAGGGUGUACCAGUACCGUGAAGGUGCAGAUUUGAUGCAUGAAGGCAGCAGCGGAGAUGCUGGAUACAAGCGCUGGCCAGGAAAGGACUACGACCCAGAAGACCUCAAAGGCCAAUCCGAGCCCGGCUUCUCCCUCGGCCGCGCCAUGCAAGCCCACAAAAUUGACGACCAAGGCAUCGAGAUGGAGGACCGCGCCGGCAUCGACGACUCCUACCACGCCGCCAAGCGCAACGACACGCUCGACGACCGCGACCCCGUGCUCAUCGCUGGCGACGACAGCAAAUAUGUCGACGCGGAGAUUGCCAACUCCAAUGAUGCGGAUGUUGGCAACAGCCGCCACAAGAGGGAGGGAAGCAAGACUGAGAAUCUGAAGCGCCGGAUUGGGAGCUUGAGGCAUAAGGGGAAGUCGCAUGAGGAGUAG